AUCAGCCUCAGCCGUGGGCCCUAUAAAUAAAGUUCAGGAGUGACCCUGAAUUCUGGACUCUGGGAACACCCUUGACCAUGAAGUUGAUCCUGGUUUUUGGUGCCCUUCUGGGGCAUAUCUACUGUCGAGAAACAUUUGUGGGGGACCAGGUUCUUGAGAUCUCACCAAGGAAUGAAGAACAAGUAAAUCAUCUGGUGGAAUUGGAAGCUGAAGAACAUCUUCAGCUUGAUUUUUGGAAAUCACCCACGAUCCCAGGAGAGACAGCCCAUGUCCGAGUUCCUUUUGUGAACGUCCAGGCAGUCAAAGUUUUCUUGGAGUCCCAGGGAAUUGCUUAUUCCACCAUGAUUGAAGAUGUUCAGGUUCUGUUGGACAAAGAGAAUGAAGAAAUGUUACUUAAUCAGAGAAGACAACGGGAUGGUAACUUCAACUUUGAGGCUUAUCAUACUUUGCAAGAGAUUUCCCAAGAAAUGGAUAACAUCGUUGCUCAGCACCCGGGUCUAGUGAGCAAAGUGAAUAUUGGCCAUUCUUUUGAAAAGCGGCCCAUGAACGUGCUCAAGUUCAGCACCGGAGGAGACAAGCCAGCCAUCUGGCUAGAUGCCGGGAUCCAUGCUCGUGAGUGGGUUACACAAGCUACUGCACUGUGGACAGCAAAUAAGAUUGCCUCUGAUUAUGGAAAUGAUCCAUCCAUCACCUCCAUUCUGGACACGAUGGAUAUCUUCCUGCUGCCGGUCACAAAUCCCGAUGGAUAUGUGUUCUCUCAAACCAAAAAUCGUAUGUGGCGGAAGACCCGGUCCAAGGUAUCAGGAAGCUCCUGUGUUGGUGUUGAUCCUAACCGGAAUUGGGAUGCAGGUUUUGGAGGACCUGGAGCCAGCAGCAACCCUUGCUCUGAUUCCUACCGUGGACCCCAUGCCAACUCUGAAGUUGAAGUGAAAUCCAUAGUGGACUUCAUCAAGAGUCACGGGAAGAUCAAGGCCUUCAUUACCCUCCACAGCUAUUCCCAGCUGCUGAUGUUCCCCUAUGGGUAUACAUGUACCCAGUCAGAUAACUUUGAUGAACUGAAUGAAGUGGCCAAAAAGGCUGCCCAGGCUCUGGCCAGCCUGCACGGCACCAAGUACAAAGUGGGACCUAUCUGCUCAGUCAUCUACCAAGCCAGUGGAGGAAGCAUUGACUGGUCAUAUGACCAUGGCAUCAAAUACUCAUUUGCCUUUGAACUGAGGGACACCGGUCGAUAUGGUUUCCUCCUGCCGGCCAGGCAGAUCUUGCCCACAGCUGAAGAGACCUGGCUUGGCUUGAAGACAAUCAUGGAGCAUGUGCGAGACCAUCCCUAUUAGGGCUUUGGGGAAUAGACACCAUUAAAAGUUCUUUGAUUUGAAGCAAAGUUGGGUUGUGAUUAUUCCUUUUUCUAAUCCUGAUCUUGGAGCACUAUUUCUUUGAUUUAUGUUGCCCUAAAACAUAACAAGCUACUGAGCUGUACCCCUUCAUCUUUAAAAACAAACAAAACCCACCCUGAGCGAAAAGGCUCCCAACAUCGU